AUGGCUUCCGCGGACGUGGAAGAACCGACGACUUCAGCCCCUCCGGAGGAGAAUGUGCAGGCUCUAUGCGAGCUGCUGGACCAGAUGAGGGGAAGCAUGUCGGCUGCUAGGGACAUUGUGAAGUCUUUGCACGACAAGCAAAACUCCACGUCUGAACUCGACACGCGCGACGGCAUCUCCUUGCUCUCCCUCAAGCACCACAUGAUGCUCUCCUACCUCCAAUCACUUUCCCUCAUCGUCGCGCGCCGCGCAAUUGGCCACUCCCUCACCGAGCGGAGUCCUCCAAGUGCCUCGUUCAGUGCCAAAGACCGCCCUGCCCGGGGAGCCGGCGCUGGGGAUCGUGUCGAUGCCGCGAUCGAGGCGAGGGUGGUGUUGGAGAAGGUCAAGGUGCUCGAGGGCCGGAUGAAGUACCAGAUCGACAAGCUCGUCCGCGCCGCCGAGGAGGGUCCUUCCGUCGACAAAAACAUCGCGAACGACCCCCUCGCGUUCCGUCCGAACCCACAGGCCCUCAUGGACCAAGCCUCCGGCUCGGAAGGCGAGGACGACGCGGUCACCGACGGCGCCGCGCGCGACGGCAUCUACCGCCCGCCCAAGCUCGCGCCGAUGCCCUACACCGACGCCCCGCGCCCCUCCAAAGACAAGAAGCGCGCGCGCGUCCCCGCAGCGCUCGCGCACCUCGCGCACCUCGAUCCGUCCCGCCCCGACGCGGAGUCGACGUCGGGCCUCGGCGGUGCGGCGCCCGGCGGUGCGGGCGGCGCGCACCGUUCCGCGCGCGCGCGCGAGCUCGCACGCAUGACCGCGUUCGAGGAGGAGAACUUCACGCGGCUGGUGAUGAAGAAGCGGGACGCGCGCGCGCGCGAACUCGACGAGGCCGACGUCGCGCUGGGCGGCACCGGCACAGUCUCCGCGCGGCGCGCGCGCCCGGGGGGCGGGCUCGACGCCGAGUUCGGGGACAUCCUGCGCGCCGUCGGGCGCGGGGCGGGCAGGGGCCGCGCGGUCGUCGGGGACGGGUACGAGGAGCUGAGGCAGCGGGGGAAGAAGCAGGGCGUGCUCGCGCGGGCGCGCUCGCGCGAGGACGCGGGGGAGGACCUGGGCGAGGACGGGCCGCGGCAGAGGAAGCGGAGCCGGUUCGAGAAGGAGGUCAAGGCGUCGAAAAAGCGGGCGCUGUCCAAUGGCCGGCGCGCCUGA